GCAGUAAUGGUUACUGGGAGCACAGAAGUCCUUGGGUUCAAGCCACUCUGGCCCUUUCCACUGCCAAGUGGAUAGAGCACAGAAAGGCUGUUGGAGCAAUGCUGGAAUUCCAAGUUGGUGGAAGGUGUCUGUGGGGAGAGGACACUCUGUUGGACACACCUUCCUGCUGGCUCACCGGGGAGCAGGAAUCUUCGAACAUAAAACUUCACCAUUUUCCACCAGAAUUCUGCCUCAGCACCAAUGUAACAGAGCCAGCUGGAUUUCUGCACCAAUGGCUGAAACUUCUCCUAUUACCAUGUUCCUCUAUUUAACAGCAUGGAUGUAUGUCAGAUGAUUGUGUUAAUGGGAAUUAGAAGCCAACACAGUGAAUCAGCUCUUCUGUUACUGGAAGGACCUGUUAAAUUUAUAAUGCUGACGGAGCUAUAUGGAUUCAUACUUAUAAUUCAACAAGAAUCUAGGCUGUGUGGAUCCACUCAUGGGGCAAUUCAAGAGCUACAAGAUUCUGACUGUGGGGUUGGUCUUUCUGGUUUUGGUAAGUACUUUCCCUGCCUCUUGCUGGCUUGCUUACCACUUCUACUUAUGUGUAGAUUGGUGAACUUCUUUAGUCUUGGAGAGUUGACUGGGGGAAGGUGGCAUUCUUCCAUCUUCUACUGCUGAGGGAUAUUUGGGGCUUCACCUGCAGGGGAGAACAUCUACAAGGACUGGGAGCAGGUACCAUGUGUUGGGGUCCAUCAGGAAAUCUAAGCUCAGAAGUUGUCCAGCAAAGUCCCACGGAGAACGGUAUGGGCAAAUUCCUGGAGUACUGCUGAGAGUCCUGAGCAAAUGUCUUCUUGCCCAACAUAGGGCAUGAACAGCAGACAAGGGAGCAAGUCUACUUAUGCCUAGCUUGGUGAAUAAAUGGGUUUAUUUGGCUUGCUUAGAGGACGGCAAGUAAGAGGUUGCCCCUAAACAACCACAUAAGCAAAAAGGCUCUGCAUACAACAUCUCCACAGCGGCAUAAAUGGAGCUCCCCCUGUUAUUGGCUGCCACUUUUACAUGCUCCAGCACCUCCAGACACCAGCUGAAGCUGGAGCAGAAUUGCAGACAGCUGAAAAGGUGGUGGGAGAGGGUGUAUGAGGCUGCUGGAAUUUCAGGUGCUCUGCUUCAUGAUGCCUUGGCCUGAGCCCAUGAUCCAUUGGCUCCCACAACCCAGCACUGUCCCUGAGUAUGUCUCAGAAUCCAUCGACUGGGACUCUCUGCCUCAAGAACUCCCCAACCUGACCAGCCUUCUCUAUUGGCCUCCAACUGGUGAAGACAGGGAUGAUUUUUUGGCCUCUACCAGCCCCAGAACCUCCACAUACUGCUUGAAGGGUCCGGCCCACACCACCUUUACUCUGGGAAGUAACCUAGAAGCCAUCCUUGUGGCUAGGGAUCACCGAGGAAGAGCUAAAGUUCACGGUGGAGAUCUGUUUCGGGCACAGCUGCUGGGCCCAGAAUUGAGAGCAGGAGUCCCAGGGGAGGUGAAGGAUCUGAAGAAUGGCACUUACCUCUUGUCGUUCCCCCUGCUCUGGGCUGGACGGGCCCAGGUGCAAGUGCGGCUGAUCCACUCCAGUGAGGCAGUUAGGGUCCUGCAAAGGGUCUGGAGAGAAAAACGAGCCACUGUUGAUUUUAGAGGGUAUUUCCGAGGAACAGAUGGGCCUCUAGAGACUGUCAUCUGUAACGUGGACCCCCAGUCAACUGGAGCCAAAGGGCCUACCUGCCAGUACAAGGAUGUGGUUUCUGGGGAGAGCUGGUUCUGUGCUCAACCCUCUACUUUGCCCUGCAAUGCUUUAGUGGGUCACUCAAGUGGAAGUUAUCUGAAGGUGACCACGUCACAUGAUGAAGCCCUGCUGGCUGGGAAUGUGACUGACCAGAAACUCCCUUCAGGUGUACCUCCAAUCCUGGUCUUACCAGCAACGCAGGGGAACAUGAGUAACAUGGUUACAGGCCAGAAGCUGACAAAGCUGGUUUAUUCAGUGCUAAGACUUGAACCCAGAGCAUCAAAUAUAAUAGCCUUGCCCUCAAGGCCUCCAUGUAGCCCGGGCCACCUGUCUCCAAAACCCUCUGGCUUCUACUACCAAGACAGAUGGCACUCAACAUUCUGUUCUAGUCGCUCUUUCCCCACUGUGGACAGCAUCCUGAACUGCCUGGCUGGCCGCAUUGUCUACAUGUUAGGGGAUUCCACACUUCGGCAGUGGUGGGAGUAUCUGCGAGACACAGUGCCCUCCCUGAAGCCAGUUGAUCUACAUGUCACUUAUCAGGUAGGUCCUCUGAUGGCUGUGGAGACAACUCGGGGGACAGUGUUGCACUGGAGGGCCCACAGCUGGCCCCUGCGUUCUCUCCGCACCCCAGUGGCCUCCCUGCACUCUGUGGCCAGAGAACUACACGGCCUGGCUGGGGGACCCUACACAGUGGUGGUGCUGGGCAUCGGGGCCCACUUUACCACUUUCCCUCCCUCCAUCUUUGCCCGAAGACUGGUAGGGAUUCGGGCAGCUGUGAAGGCCCUGUUGGACCACGAACCCAGUACUCUGGUCAUCAUCAAACUGGCCAAUACUGGCUACAAAUCCGUGUAUGGCAGUGACUGGCUCACACUGCAGGUGAAUCGCUUGCUCCGAGCUGCCUUUGUUGGUCUCCGAGUGGCCUUUGUGGAUGCAUGGGAAAUGACCUCCACCUUGAAUGUGCCAGACAACAUCCACCCAAGGAAGCUUAUUGUCCGCAAUGAAGUGGAAUUAUUUCUGUCCUUCAUCUGUUCCACCUGAGUGUUCCUGAGGGAUCUGAGGCUGCAUGGAUGGAGAGCCUGGGUGUGGCCACCGAAAAAAUGGACUCCGAAUGACAGAAAGCUGAAGCUACCCCUGGCUCACCCACUAUGACACUUGGUUCCAUAUUUUAUACUUCUCUCUAUGCACCACAUGGACAAUCUAGUUUUAUAUUAGGAGACCAUGUUUUGCAUAUAUGUACACAAUCCCUUUCUGAAUAUAAGAUCUUAGGGCA